ACACGGUAGGUAAUGUGUGUUGCACCGGAAGUCCGCGAAAAAUUAGUUGCCCUUAGUGGGUGCUGUUUGCCACGUCUCGUACUGAAGGGGUAGUGUGGAAGAAGGAAGUGUGAGGUUUUUUGGAAGUAGUUGUACCACUCAGAAGUUCACCACUGGGACACAAUGGUUUCUGUAAUUAACACUGUGGAUACAUCCCAUGAAGACAUGAUUCAUGAUGCUCAAAUGGACUAUUAUGGCACAAGAUUAGCUACUUGUUCCUCUGACAGAACGGUAAAGGUUUUUGAUGUAAAAAAUGGCGGGCAGAUCCUGGUGGCUGAUUUGCGAGGGCAUGAAGGUCCCGUGUGGCAAGUUGCUUGGGCACACCCGAUGUACGGAAACAUCCUGGCAUCAUGCUCAUAUGACAGAAAAGUUAUUCUGUGGAAAGAAGAGAAUGGAAAUUGGGAUAAGAUGUAUGAAUACACCGGUCAUGACUCCUCAGUGAAUUCUGUGUGCUGGUCACCACAUGAUUUUGGAUUAAUACUCGCUUGCAGCAGUUCAGAUGGUGCAAUUUCAGUGCUAACCUACACUGGAGAUGGACAGUGGGAAGUGAAAAAAAUCAACAAUGCACACACUAUUGGCUGUAAUGCUGUUAGCUGGGCUCCUGCUGUGGUACCAGGGAACCUUGUGGACCAACCGUCAGGACAGAAGCCAAACCUCAUCAAACGUUUUGCUUCAGGUGGAUGUGAUAACCUUGUGAGGCUCUGGAAAGAGGAGGAUGGUCAGUGGAAGGAAGAUCAAAAGCUGGAGGCCCACAGUGACUGGGUCAGAGAUGUUGCAUGGGCGCCAUCUAUUGGUUUGCCUACUAGUACAAUUGCCAGCUGCUCUCAGGUCACUUUGUGGAAAGAGUCAGUGGAUGGCCAGUGGGUGUGCAUCAGUGAUGUGAAUAAAGGCCAAGGGGCCGUGUCAACAAUUACAGAUGGACAGCAAAGUGAGCAGUGAAGAAGUAAUUCCACUUACGGACAUGACAGGAUCAGUGUUUAACUUAAUGAGUGUGUCUAAAACUUAAUGUUUGUGGGCUGUGCCACCUACUUUUAAAUAAAAAAAAUAAAGGAAAAACA